UGUCGUUCUAGAGAGAGAGAGAUGCUUCGAUUCUCUGGCAUAGUCGAUCGUUUCCUCAGCAAACGCUGUGUUCUCUUACCAUCUUCUCAAGCAAAUUCUCGUUGUGAUAUCAUUUGUAAAAGGUUUCACAUUUCCAGAGUUCUUAACGACGAUUUCGUGGAUUCAGCAGAGAUAAAGAAUGGGGUUGGCUUAGUUUGUCCAGAAGAUGAAUUCGCCGGCGACGUUGAUAAGAUAUACAGGAUUUUGCGGAAUUACCAUUCGAGGGUUCCGAAGUUGGAGCUUGCCCUUAACGAAUCAAGUAUUGAUCUGCGACCCGGGUUAAUAGUACGAGUGUUGAGUCGGUGUGGUGAUGCUGGGAAUUUGGGUUAUAGAUUCUUUCUCUGGGCAGCGAAGCAACCUGGUUAUUGUCACAGCUAUGAAGUGUGCAAGUCGAUGGUGAAGGUUCUUAGUAAAAUGCGGCAAUUUGGAGCUGUUUGGGGUUUAAUUGAAGAGAUGAGGAAGGAGAAUCCGGAGUUGAUUGAGCCGGAGUUGUUCGUUAUACUGAUGCGGAGGUUUGCUUCUGCUAACAUGGUGAAGAAAGCAGUUGAGGUGCUCGACGAAAUGCCUAAGUACGGGUUAGAGCCUGAUGAGUAUGUUUUUGGGUGUUUGCUAGAUGCUUUGUGUAAGAACGGUAGUGUUAAGGAUGCUUCAAAGCUUUUUGAGGAUAUGAAAGAGAAGUAUCCUCCGAAUUUGCGGUAUUUCACGUCGUUGUUGUAUGGUUGGUGUAGGGAAGGGAAGUUGAUGGAAGCUAAAGAAGUUUUGGUUCAGAUGAAGGAAGCAGGGCUGGAGCCUGACAUUGUGGUUUUCACUAACUUGCUUAGUGGAUAUGCUCAUGCUGGAAAAAUGGCGGAUGCUUAUGAUCUUAUGAAGGAUAUGAGGAAGAGAGGGUAUGAGCCGAAUGCGAACUGUUACACGGUUUUGAUCCAGGCGUUGUGUAAGACAGAGAAGAGAAUGGAUGAGGCGAUGAGGGUUUUUGUUGAGAUGGAAAGGUAUGGAUGUGAGGCUGAUAUUGUGACUUACACCGCACUGAUAAGUGGGUUUUGCAAAUGGGAAAUGAUUGAUAAGGGUUAUAGUGUUUUAGAUGAUAUGAGAAAGAAAGGAGUCAUACCAUCGCAAGUUACAUAUAUGCAGAUAAUGGUGGCUCAUGAGAAGAAAGAACAAUUUGAAGAGUGUUUGGAUUUGAUUGAGAAGAUGAAGCAAAUAGGUUGUCAACUCGAUCUUCUCAUUUACAAUGUAGUGAUCAGAUUAGCUUGUAAGUUAGGGGAAGUGAAAGAAGCAGUUCGGUUAUGGAAUGAAAUGGAAGCUAAUGGUUUAAGCCCUGGAGUUGAUACAUUUGUUAUUAUGAUCAACGGAUUUACAAGCCAAGGUUGUCUAGUCGAAGCCUGCAAUCACUUCAAAGAAAUGGUAAGCCGAGGAAUAUUCUCUGCGCCUCAAUAUGGAACGCUGAAGUUGUUGCUGAACAACCUUGUAAGAGAUGAAAAGCUUGAAAUGGCGAAAGAUGUUUGGAGUUGCAUAUCAAAUAAAAGCUCUUCUUGUGAGCUUAAUGUAUCAGCCUGGACAAUAUGGAUCCAUGCUUUACUUGCAAAAGGUCACGUGAAGGAGGCGUGUUCGUAUUGUCUUGAUAUGAUGAAAAUGGAUUUGAUGCCGCAACCUGAUACCUAUGUGAAGCUCAUGAAAGGAUUGAAUAAACUGUACAAUAGGACGAUAGCUGCAGAGAUUACAGAGAAGGUGAUGAAGAUGGCAAGUGAGAGAGAGAUGAGUUUUAAGAUGUAUAAGAAGAAAGGUGAGGAGGAUUUGAUUGAGAAAUCUAAACCUAAAGGGAGUAAAGAAGGGAAGAAGAAAGGGACAACUCAUCAUAGGCAUAAGGGAGGAGUGUCUCAUGCUCGGAGCCGUCUUAGGUCCGAAACGACAUCAUUGCCUCUUGCCCGGAACCGUCUUAGGUCCAAAACGCCUUCAUCGUCUCCUCUGUCUUCUCCAUAUUCUUCGAAACGGCAUGCGCCUAAGACGAGCGAAGUAGAAGACUACUCGCGUGCAAAAGAUUCCGUUUUGCUAUACCCUAAAGAUCCUUCGAGCGCGCCUAAGCUCUUUCUAGUCCAGCCUCGUCUUACGCCGCCUAAGUUUCUUCAGGCGAAGCUCAACGAAGCCCUCUGUCUUGCGAAUUCGCUUGAAGAACAGAGAUAUGGUUACUUUGAAUCCGAUUUCUUUGACAAGGAAUUGCCUUCUCAUGUUGUUGUUCAGAACCCUGUUCGUAGAUCAUCUAAACCUCGCGCAGAUACCUAUUUCGGGCCUGGGACUGUAGACAACAUCAAAUGCCAUCUAAAUGCUGAAGAUUCUAAGGAAGAAGUUGAUGCUGUUUUUGUAAACGCCAUGUUGACUGCUAUUCAACAACGGAACUUAGAGCGAAUAUGGGCAAAACCUGUACUAGACCGUGUAGGCCUUAUAAUCGAAAUAUUUAAUGCUCAUGCGCAUACAAAGGAAGCAAAACUACAGGCUGAGUUAGCAGCUCUGAUGUACAAAAAGAGCAGGUUGGUUCGAGUGCGUGGUACUGAUGGACGCCACAGUUUUGGGCAGUUUGGAGAAGCUGAAGUUGUCAGUGCCCGAGGGAGAGCAGCAAGUGGAACCGGUGGAGGUUUUGUAGGUGGUGCCGGAGAAACUGAGCUUCAGCUUCAACGCCGAAGAAUAGCAGACCGGAGGCUUCGCUUGUUAUCCCAAAUUAAAGAAACCCAGCGAACACGGCUAUUGCAGCGUGCUGGACGUAAGAAGAGAGUGGGGAAUAAGGAUGAGAGUUCAGCUACCAUUGCUGUUGUUGGUUACACAAAUGCUGGAAAAUCGACUCUGACAAGUGCAUUGACAAAGACUGCUCUCUACUGCAAUGAGCGAUUGUUUGCCACAUUAGAUCCUACACUCAAGAGUUGCCAUCUUCCCUCUGGAAAGUCUGUGCUUCUUAGUGACACUGUUGGAUUCAUAUCAGAUCUGCCUAUACAGCUGGUGGAAGCAUUUCAAUCGACUCUGGAAGAAGUCGUUGAAGCUGAUAUACUUAUGCAUGUAGUUGAUUCAACAGCUCCAAAUAUUGAGGAGCAUCGUUCAACAGUGUUUCAUGUCCUUAAUCAAAUUGGAGUAUCUGAAGAGAAGCUUCAAAAUAUGAUUGAAGUCUGGAAUAAGAUUGAUUAUGAAGUAGAAGAAGAAGUGGAGGACGUGAAAUUUCUAGGCGAAGGCGAAGGCGAAGGCGAAGGAGAAGGAGAAGAAGAAGAAGAAGCUGAGUUAAACGACGGUUUAAAAGCUGAAGAAACCGUUGAUGCAUUUGUUGAUGAAGGCGAAAUCAAAAACCAAGAUGAUGACUCUGAUGGGUGGCUAUUGUGUGAAGAUGAAAAUGUCAGUGAAUCUGAGCUCUGGAAGGUUCCUGAAGUUGCUAAACUAGAUGCUGUGCAGAACAAAGGACCACAUGUUAGAGUUUCUGCAUUAACAGGAGUUGGUUUGAAGGAGUUGCUGUAUCUUAUUAAUGAAAAAGUGGAAGUUUUAGUAGAGAAGAGGCUCAAGCCUCAGACAAUAGUCGAAAGCAGCGAACUUCAUAGGCGUAAAUGGAGACCACCUCGUGACGAUGAUGAAGAUGCGAGAUUACUCCCCUUAGAUCAACGAUGAUAAAGUAAAGGAGAAAGAAGCAAUACUAAUGAUGCUUCUACUGUGUAUGUUCUUUCUUUUUUUGUACCACGGAACCAAAGAAAUGCAUGUCGUUUUUUUCGAAACUGCUUUGCGUGUGUAAUAAACAAACGGCAAGAUGUUUGUUGUUAUCUAUUAUUUAAUGGCCUUAAAACGCCGUCGGUUUCGUA